UUCUUCCGGUUCCGGCGUCUCCUUACAGCCAUGGCUGCCGCCGUUGCCGCCGCUGGCCCUGGAGCUCCACUGUCCCCAGACGAAUUGCCUCCGAAGGGUGAUGCCGAGAGGACUGAGGAGGAGCUGGAAGAGGAAGACGACGAGGAGCCGGAUGAGACCCUGUUGGAAAGACUCUGGGGUCUGACGGAGAUGUUUCCGGAGAGGAUCCGGUCCGCGGCCGGAGCCACUUUUGAUCUCUCCCUCUUUGUGGCUCAAAAAAUGUACAGGUUUUCUAGGGCAGCCUUGUGGAUCGGGACAACUUCCUUCAUGAUCCUGGUUCUCCCUGUUGUCUUCGAGACCGAGAAGCUGCAGAUGGAGCAGCAGCAGCAACUGCAGCAGCGGCAGAUACUUCUAGGGCCUAACACGGGGCUGUCAGGAGGAAUGCCAGGGGCUCUACCUUCACUUCCUGGAAAGAUCUAGAUUGUUACUGCUGUAGCUGACCUGUCUUGGCAGAAGUUUGAAAAUUGAAUAGUGUUUGAACUCCUGAUGUGUUUUUUUUUUUCUUUGAAACUUGGGUACACUGGCCUAUCCAAACCUGGUUGGACUCCCUACUUGCAACUGUGUCCUCCAAGCCGUCCUGACUUACUAGUUCUGUCCUCACUCCGAUACCAGAGUGCGGCAGUGCAGGUGGUUCCUCCACUCUGGCCAUCCAUGUCUUUUGCUAAAUUGACUCCCGACCAGAUCUCAGUAGCUGAUGUGGGGGCCAUUGGGAAGGACGUACCCCUGAUCGUUACCAGCUGUUGUUUUGAUGUGUACACCGUGAGAAAUACAAAAGCAUUAUAGCUGCAGUGUAAAAGCAGCCACUGUGAAUUUCCAUGUAUUUUGGAAAAGAAGACAGGCUGGUGGCAGCUUAAAAGCACAGGAUGGGGAUGGGAGGGCAGAGCGGCUUACUUCCGCUGCACAUUUUGGCUGUUAGACCUGUGUGUCCAUCUAAGACAGUAAGAGCCAGUGCUCACUUUUAUAUUUAAAUAUUAAAAAUGAUUCCAGCCCUAA